GCAGCAGUCGGCGAACAAACAAUAAAUAAACAUCAAACAGCGUAACCACAGCAGCAGGUACUUUUCAGGGUUUUCAGUUCCAGUUCGAUUUUGACAUCCCCUGGCACCGGCUCUCUCUUUACACUAAACAUCCAAGAUAUCAUCUAAAAUAUAAGCAGCUAGUCCGCUGGUGGGAAUUCUACCGAAACAACCAAAGGAUUUGUAGAACAUUAGAUGGUAUCGCCGCGCAAGCCGGCAUCUUCCUUAAGCUCAGCACCCCGCGCGGCGACCAGCAAUCUGAUGGCAGCUUCUGCAAAGAGCUGCGAGAGCCUGUUCUCGGCCAGCUCCCGGGAAUCAGCCAGUUUGAUCUACCAACGAAAGCAGCUGCCGGCCCACCGAGGCGCAAUGAAGGGAUCUGGUAACGGUAGCAUUCGUGGCCCGUCCAUGGUGAAUCAGAGCCACAGCGAGAUCCAUCAGCGGGUCAUGUCGGCCAGAAAUCUGCGGGCCAAGACUUUCCAGAACCAACUGGCCGAUGCCCAGGCCGAGAUCGCGAAUCUAGCCCAUGAGAACCGAAUGCUCCGCACCCUCCACAAGCGCCAGUCGUCGGCCCUGAACAAAUAUGAGUCCAACAAUGCAGAGCUGCCCCAGCUACUGCACUCCCAUGCCGAGGAGCUCCGGGUAUGGCAGACAAAGUAUCGCAACCUCCAGUCGAUUAACAAGGACCUGGAGCAGAAGCUCAAGCAGAAGGAGGCCGUUAUUCUGUCGCUGAGCGACCAGAACAAGCACUACAGUCAGCUCAACAAGGACAAAAAUCUUGAUGAGCGCCAAAAGCUACAGGAAAAGCUGCGCUCAUUGGAGCAGCGCCUCGAGGAUAAGGAUAACGACAUGAAGCUGAUGGCACGCAAAGUACAACUGGAAGCCAAGAACUUCCGCCAGCAGCUCCUCAACGAGCAGAAGAAGUGCAAGGAGGUGAUGCUGAAGCUGGAGAAAGCCAAGCUGGAGGUCAGUGGUUACCGCAAGCUGGAGGAGUACACACUUGGUACCGACAAGGUAAACCCACUAACCUCAGGACGCCGGACCAAGCUUAGCGGAGUGGCUGAGGAGCCGGAUAAGAUCGACAAGCUGGAGAAGUCCCUGGAGAUGCUGGACAAAGCGAUCGAGAAGAACAAUCAGUGCGAGUUCAAUGGUCUCACUGAUGUUUUGGAAUCCGACUCGUUCUUUGAUUUCGAAAAUAAUGACGGGGAGGAGAAGAGUGCGCCAAAUUCUCCACCGGCUCAGCCGGAGCGCCAGGUAACCGGAAGCCGGAGCAACAAACUCACCCUGCCACCGGCUACCAGCCAGGCCAAGAUGAACCACACCCAGAGCCGGUCCACAUUGAGCCAAGUGCUCUCGGCCCAGGGCAAAACUCCACUGGCCACAGGAAAGACUGGCCGCAGCAGGCUGGGAUCGGGAGCUACAGCGGUGGUGGCCCCUCCCAAGGCAGAGAGCAUGCCAGUCAGCAAGCGUCGUGAUUCGGAUACUCUAUCCAAGAUGUCAUCCGCAAACACGUCCAAGAGUAAGCAGCAAUCUCUGAAGUCCGUGGACUACGAGUAUGAGGAGGAUUAUGAGCCGGCUGGUGAUGAUGAUGAUGACGAGGAUGCCUACGGAAUUAUGAGUAAGAUAUGUGCCGAGGGCAUGGAGCCGGAGGAAAACAGCGAUGAUAAUGUCAACGAUGCCAGUCUGGUUAACUAUACCAACUACAUGGAUGCCAAGAGUAGCGAGGGAGAUCUGUUGGAGGAGUCCCCGGAGGAGGACGACGAUGGAACUGACGGCCAGCAGACUCAGCGCAGCGAUGAGUCGCAGGAGAGCAGUAUCCGUGCUCCGCGCCUCAAGGAGAACAUGUCCAGCCUGCGCAAGCAGAUCUCCGAUGACUACAAGGAGCGCGAGAGCUUCCUGAAGACGUUCUGCCGUCAGGCCAGCGGCAGCAACAUGCGUGACGAUCCGGCGUCCAAGAAACGCAACAGCAUCGCCGGUGGAGCAGCGGCCAGUGGCCACAUGACCGGCAGCCGGAAGCAUGCUCUUCUGGCGGCCCUCAAGACGAUCGAUGACAAUAAGAGCCAGGACUAGAGCACACCCUGUUCGUUCUAGUUCCCCCAACACACACAACUAUUGUCCAGUUCAAGUUAGUACCUAAGCGGUGUUGAGUUAUAUAUAUAUAUAUUUUUCAAGCAGAGCCCGAUGCUUCCGGUCCAGUUGGAGCAAC